GCUGACUCCUUGCCGUGACCGCUCGGGGACCGGGGUGUGCGGGGGACGGGGGGCGGCCACCGGGCGGGGAGCCCGUCCUUAGCGGUGCAGCGGCGCCGCUGUGUGCCGGGCCCCGGCUGUGGUAUGUGGGGCUGCCCCGUCGCCAUGCCCCCUUCGCCUGGCAUCCAGGGGCUUCGGCAAGCGUCAGUUUUCCGACUGCGUUCUGAUCGAACUCAGCCCAGAGCAGUAUUUCUGGGCCAAGUGGAAGAGUCCUGUGGGGAGAAGUGGUAGAAAGGCUGGAUGAUCCCCACCAUUUUAACUCAUACAAGAAGAUGCUGAAGUGUUGAAUGCAUUGGCUAAUUUCUUGCCUAUAUUAACAAAAAUUAUUUUUAGUCUCAGCUUAAGCAAAUGAAUGAAUGAGGGGGAUCACUCUCUCCUCUGAUGCACAGGGGUGUUGUAGUUCAUCUUCAGAAUGUGCUGGGACCAAGUCUGUACCAGAGCAGCUUUUGAAGGAUGAGCAUAUACUGAAAAACCGACUGAGCAGAAGGCUAAGGUAACUGUGAUAACAGAUCCACCAAACAUGAGAAUAGUGUGUUACUAAUAGAGAGUAAAUGCUGGAAGAAAUCUCACCACCUUUCCCCCCCUCUCCUUAACACCUCAUUGCUAUCCCCAAAGCAUCUGUUACAACUCAUAGGAUACUGCGGUAGGAGAACUUGCUACAGUUUCUCCCUAUCUUCUGGAAAGACUUCUGUCUUCCUCUCAAAGUCAAAAAUAGCUUGGAUCAUGAGCAAAAGUAACCACAUAAGCAGACUUCUUAAAUCUAAUGUUUUCAUAAAGUAGCUGUAAAACUGAGCGUUUUCUAUUUUCUUUUAUAGUCAUGAUGGGAAGUAAAAUUCAUGUUUCUUUUUGCUUUCAGGUGCUGAUGUACUAGUCUUGUUCCUUCACUUCAAGCCAGUAUGUCGAAGAAAUCGGGGGCUCCGCUUUCCUUGUCUGACUGCCUCUGCCAAAUCUGCAUGGAGAUCUAUGUAGAGCCUGUGACGCUGCCAUGCAACCAUACCCUCUGUAACUCUUGUUUCCAGCUGACAGUUGAAAAAGCCAGUCUUUGUUGCCCUUUUUGUCGGCGUCGGGUCUCUUCUUGGGCACGGUAUAAUGCCCGCAGAAAUACUCUUGUCAAUUGGGAGCUCUGGGAGAAGAUCCAGAAGCAUUACCCGAAGGAGUGUGAGCGUAGGAUUAACGGACAGGAUUUAGAAGAGGAAAUCUGUCCCCCCCAUCCACAGCACCAGCUGAGCAAGCCUGGGGAAUUGAGGCAGGAAUAUGAAGCAGAGAUUAGCAAGGUGGAGGCAGAAAGGCGAGCGCAUGAGCAAGAAGAGAACAAGGCGAGCGAGGAAUACAUUCAGCGCCUUCUGGCAGAGGAGGAGGAGGAACAGAGAUUGGCAGAAGAGAGGCGGAGGGAGAUGGAGAAACAGCUGAAGCAAGAUGAAGAGUUGGCCUGGCAGCUGAGUAACAGCCUGAAUGAUGAUUCCAAAGGACAUGUGCUCAGCAGUCCUGCACGAGCAGGCAGCGUCUCACUUGAAACAUCCCCAGCUAAUUUGUGCAAGACGAAGAGCAAACUGAGCAACUCUGGAGACAUUCAAAAGUAUCUGUCUCCAAAGCUUCAUCAGACAUUGGGAUCAACAUCAUUCUCUAGAACAAGAGAAAGAGGAAGGAGUGACUCUGGCUCUGUGGAAACCAAUGGCAAUGAAGGCAGCAGUUCAGCAUGGCAAGAUGAGCAAGAGGAAAUGCCAACACUGUCUCCACAGCUGACUGGUGUCGUUAAAGAUUCCAGUGCUGUGGAUUUGUUUUUGGAAUCGUGCAUGAACUAUUUCAGUACCUCGGCUUUGGGGGAAACUACUGCUGUCAAGCAGGGAAACACACCAGGAACAAAUUGUGUAGGAGAUGAGAUUCCAGAUGCGUUUCAUGGAAUCACAAAAGGGGAAGGCUCUGCAACAGUUCUUAGAUCUAAAGGAGAGGAUGAUGGAACUGAGUCAGACAGUGGCAGUUUAACACAUGUAGAAAGCAUAAACCUUGAAAAUUCUGCUGAACCUCGUACCUGUAUUCAAUCAACAGCAAAUUCUGUGGUGUCUGACAACACAAGUGUAGUAUGUGACCUUAUGAAGGUGGCUAGACACUCAGAUGAAGAGAAACCAGAGAGCUUGCAGAACACUAAGGAGAUUCCAAAAAGAAAGUUGCUGGAACCACCAGCUGAAGCAGUGGUCGACUUUUGUGUGCUUGAUAAGAGGAGAAGAACUUUUCCGGAAAGUUUAGAGGAGCAGGGGGAGCAGAUGAAUGAUUUUAACUUGCAAAUGCAGAAAGCAUUUGAGCAGGAGUUCUAUGAAAGACGUAUGCAAGAGGAGCAGGACAGGCUUCUGGCUCUGCAGCUGCAAAAACAGAUCAACAAGGAGGAAAGGACACUUAAUCGGCAAAAGGGCUCUCCAGAUCAGUAUCUUCUUCGCACCAAACCACCUCAGUCAGUGAAAGACUCUCCUGCUAGAAAGGGAAGUUCUAAGGUGGCAAAAGAUGCAAAGGUACCAAAAAACCAGGCUGAAGCAAACCACCACAAAACUCGCAGAGGUUCUUGCAAUGAAAACUGGCAGUCCCCUACCAGAGUCCGGAUGAAAUCGCCCAGCAUCAAGGGAGGAAAGGUGUUGAAUUGUGUGGUUAAUACCAGUGACGCAAAUGAUAUUUGUACACUACCUAAGAAUAAGCAAAAGACGAUCCUUCAGAUGUUUAAAAGCCCUGUUGCAGAGUAGAUCAGCAGAACCACAGGCACAUGGUGGAAUGAGAAUGAAAGCUGUGGUGAUGCUUCCUCCUGUGUUGGGCAAAGCUUCCUGCAAACAGUUGUAAAAUUGUUGGUUUUGUGGCGGGAUCACUUUGGGUCACAGAGAGUUCUGUAUUUUGAGAAGUUUUAAUAAUUUAUGCCCCCAGACCUUAAGGAAAUGUAAUUGUUCUUUUCUGGAGUGCAGCUUAUUUUCUAGCACUUGCAUUUACAGAAUUUUGAAUGUGAAUACUGUCAGUGUUUAGAAACAAAGAUAGCUGAUGGUCUGAUCUUAAAAUGAGAGUUUGGAGCUUUUUGUGGAAAGGAUGCACGUUGCACAGAGGUAAAGCUAAAGCUAAAAAAUGAGUCUCUAUUUCCAGUUGUCCGCCAGCUGCAAGGUUGAAGCUUCACUCAACACAACCAUUGUUCUGUUUGAUUGAAGCAUGUUAGUGGAAUUUAGGCUAUUUGUUGAAUGGCAUUGUUUGCACAACAGGUAACAAGAGUAUAACUGGACAGCCAGUCUUGCAGAUACGGUUCUCAUACACUAACCCCUUUCUUAGAGAAAGAGGGAAAAAACAGGUCACUCCCCCACUGCCAAAGCCAAGGAUCUUUCUUAAAUGCCAACAGUAUAAGUGGUUGUGGGCUUAUAUUUGCCUCUGUUCAUAGAGGUCACUUAUGCAAAUCUGGCACUUGCUGUCAUUAGGAAAAGAUACUUCUGUUGUCUUAUUGCUAGCGUUCUGCAACUUUAUCCUUGUACAGUAGUAUUACCUCUAUUUAGUGCUGUUUAAUUUUCAUACUCAAACUGGUUUUAGUUUGAUUAAAAAUGCAUAAUAUUAAAAAAACAUAGUCCAGAAGACAGUUACGAUGGAGAAAGUUAAACCGAAAGGGGGAACAGCAACUGAAGUUGUCAGUAAUGACAUAACUAUAAUUAAAGAUUCACGUAACUUCCAUGCAUGGCUGGAACUAACACAGUUCAAAAGAAUUACUGUUUAGACUUGUGGGGAAGCUGAGGCCUGCAGGAGGUUGAGGCUGGUGAAGAGUUGACCAGCUGCUACUCAGCAGAAGUAUUCUUGCUAGAUUGUAUUAGCUAUUGCUAUUAUAAAGCCAUCUUUUGACCUUUCUUUGCUUGUAAUAAAAGAUUUUUCCACUGUCCAUGUUUGAAAGAGAGCAAAGCACAACUCUGCAUUGCUGAGUGUAUGUGCUGGUCACCAAUGUUAGCAAAUGUUUUAAAUGUGUUCUUUUUUUGAGCCUCUGUAGAGGUGAUGAUGUUUAACUUGGUUCUGGGAAAUGAGUAACAAAAUCCUUGACAGCAGUAUCUUCUGAUGUUUUAAGUUUUAAAAAUCAACAAAUCCUGAAAUUCUAUUGAAAGCACGAACAGCACAUCAAACAAAAUUAUGAAUUGUGCUUUUUCUUUGCCUGCAUGUCUCUAGGAAUGGGGGGGUUUCUCAUAGAGGAAUGAUGUGUUCUGAGAUGCUUUUUGAGAAAGUUAAAACUGGAGACCAGCUGCAAGUCAUUCACUUUUCCUAUUGCUGCCUCAACCAUUGUGCUUAGAAGCCUUCUUUCAGUAUAGAUCUGUUUCUGUUUAAUCUUUACCUUUGUUUGGGUUGUUUGCUGUCUUACCCAUGCAGUCAAAUACAAUCCUUCAUUAAUUAAAGUGUUCUUUAAGGCAGAGGUAGUGACUGUUUUCAUGCGAGUGACACUUGGCCUUUCCAGUCACGAUAAGCACGUAAGAAGUAAACUAUUUUCAAAACA